AUGUUAAAAACAUAUCGAAUUUCAACAUUGUCUUUCCAGUUUGUACCGUUUGGUGGUGCUUUUCUGAACGCCAUACCUCGCCAGGGCGACGUAGUUCCUGAACGAGUUCGGGCCGGUCAGAAAUUCAAAUUGGUCGAUUUGAGUGUCGAGCGGGGCGCUCUGGAGUGGCGCCUCCGCUUACACGAAGACGUCACAGCUAAGAGGCAGCUCUGCGGCGAUAUGUCCGCGUCACCUCAGCCGGCGGGCGCGUGCGACGAGCGAGCUCGCACCCCCCGAGCGGCCGCUUCGCCACCUUCCACGCCCCGGUCACCGGCUCCGGCGCACGCCGUCCUCGCCACCAUGACCCCGGUCCAACCCGCCCACGACUACUACCCCCAUAAAGUAGAGAUGGACUCGGACGACGGCUAUCCUCCCGAAGCCCACUCCUAUCGCCAUUCACCGCACGGGCUAGCCGCUUACGCCCCAGACAAUAAAGUGCCAGUUCAGCCGGAUGUCUACGAUCAGGGAAUGGAGUCCAUAGAUGAGAAGACUCCAAUAGAUUUUAUAUACGAAGACGACAAGGAGACCGUAAUAUAUACAACGACGCCGGAUCAGAAAAGAGUAGAAAUGAUAAGUGGAAAGCUCGAAGAUGGGCAGUUAGUGAGCGGAACCGGUCAGCUUGUGGACGGAGGAGUUUCGGUUGUCGUCGGAGCUCCCGGACAAGGCACCGUGCUAGUGCUCGCCGAUGAGCUGGGCCAAGUCAUCACUAUUCCGAGGAGCGGCGCGUGGGUGGAGAGACGUGCUCACCUUGAACUUGCCGAGUCCGAGCCACCUCUCGCGCCAAGCGAUCACAUUUCGAUGCUGCGUAUUCAGCCAGCUAACUUCUAA